AUGAAUGUUGAGAUAGAUGGAUGCGUGGGCAACGCUCAACGCUUAUGUGCUUUUAAAACGGGCACAACGCCUCAGCUACGUAUCAAAUUUGUGCCAACAAAGGUAACAAAAAAUUUGCAAACAUCUGUGCGAGCAAAACUUGCUGGUAACGUGAUCAUUCCAUUCAAUCUGGAAGAAAAUGAUCCAUGCAAGGGAGGCAACCUGACGUGUCCCCUACAACAAGGUGUCACUUAUUACUACCAGCAAGGAGUUAAUAUACUGAAAGAAUAUCCUACUGUGGAUAAUGUACAAAUUAAUUGGCUUAUCAGUGACAAAAGCAAUAAUGAAACUUCAAGUGACGCCAAAAAACGUGAAAUUUGUAUUAUAUUUCUGAUAAAAAUUAUGCACUAA